CUUCGCGCGCCAUUUUCUCGUCGGAAACCUUUCAAACCACAAAAUUUCGCAUUUAAACGUUAGCUUGCCUUUUUUUAAAAUCAGAUACAACUUGGUUAUAUUAACGUAGAUGCCCUGAAAAUGAGCGACGAGGGAGAUCACAUAAGACGGGGUUCUCGCUCCCCAUCUAAAUCGGAACAUGGCAGUCCAACUCAGGCCAAGUCUGAGAGCAGGUCAGGCUCCCAGAGUGGAUCCCGAGCCUCCAAGCAUUCCGAAUCCAGAUCCCGCUCUCGAUCAAAAUCAGGGUCUCGUUCUAAGCAUGACUCUAACCGACAUGCUAGCCGUUCACGCUCUCCGUCUCAUCGCUGCCGACAGAAGUCUCGUUCUCUUUCCAACAGCCCAGAGUCCCGCCGCAGGAAGAGCACUUCCCCAAUGUCAAACCGCAGCCGUCAGGCUGAGCGCAGGAGCCACGAAACAAAAGAAGUAAACAGUUAUGGCAGUGGUGCUGAUAGGGCAAACCCCGAUCCCAGCAAAUGUUUGGGAGUAUUUGGCCUGAGUUUGGACACCACAGCGCGAGACCUGAGGGAGGUGUUUUCACAAUAUGGUCCUCUGUCCGGGGUCAAUGUGGUGUUCCACCAGCGUUCGGGUCGCUCGCGGGGCUUCGCAUUCGUUUACUUUGAGAGACUUGAGGAUUCCAAGCAGGCUAUGGAGCAAGCCAAUGGUAUGAAGUUAGACGGGAGGCAAAUUAGAGUAGAUUACUCUAUUACCAAGCGUGCCCACUCCCCGACACCUGGAAUCUACAUGGGUAAAGACAUUAGAGAUGAUGGUGGUGGUGGUGGAGGUACCUGGAGGGGAAGAGGCUCAUUUUACAACAGAGGUGAUGACAGAGGCUACGAGCGAGGCUACGAGCGAAGUUACGAGCGAACCUAUGAGCGUAACUACGACCGUGGCUACGACCGGAGCUACGACCGAGGCUACGACCGUGGCUCUGACCGAGGUUAUGACAGAGGCUGUGACCGAGGCUACGACCGAGGCUACGACCGAUACGACAGAUGUGAUGAGUACGACUACAGGUACAGUCGGAGGCACUCCCCAUCACCGGACUAUGGUAGAUACAGAUCAUCCUCUUGGUCUCGCUCCUACAACCCAAGGCGCUACUGAGGUGUUGCAGCUGAUUUGAUCUAGCACAUCAACGCUUUGAGUUAAAGGCAGUUGUGUUUACAUGCAGAGGGUGUUUUUAUUUUUAAAUCUUUUCCACUUCCACAUUUAGUGUGAGCACUGAACUCAGACUCUUUGUGAUGCAUCUUCCUUUUCUAUAGUUGUAAUCCACAAGGUAUUUUUUUGCUACUCUGACCUCAAAUUUUCAAUGUUACUUCUUGUCUUCUGGUAAGUAUCAUAAAGUUAGUGUGAAGCUCUGUGCUUCCGCUUCUUAAUGGAAAGGUCAAUAAGGCCAUCAUUUGAGAUUUGUGAUCGCAUUUUUGUUUUGUUUUUUUUUUGUUUAUGUAUAUGGAAAUACAAACAUCCACUCUCCAAAGUUUCUCAUUCUUCUGGCUCUAAUAUGCAUUAGAAUUGAAGUUGGGUUUCACUUCUAUGGGUGGAAGUUAAGAUGUGUGGGUGAGGUGGGGGAAACAAAUUUAAAAAGCAAGUGGUGUUUCCCAGAACAAGCCCGAUGCCAGGAUGUUGUUCCAUGUUCACACACAUUUAGGUUAAUCUUGGGACCAAGUGCACAAUGACUUCUCUAAAAGUUUUAACACUAAUUCAUUCAGGCAACACCAAUAAAACAAAGUGAAAAAGACCCUGAAUAGGACUUUAUUGAUUGCGUCUCAUUUCAUGAAGUCAAAUGUCACAAUAGAUUAGGCAAUAUUGCAAAUAAUUAUGUAAUCCCGUACCAAACAAGUUAAUUAAAAAAAAAUUAAAAAAAAUUAAAAAUAAAUACCAUGUUAACUGCAAUUAUGUGAGACACUUCACAUGAUAACUGCAAUGCUUUUUACGUGAACUACCUUAGACAAGGGGGCCAGAAACGUGAUCCACUGUCUUUGCAUUCAUUGUCCUGCACUGAACAAAAGUGGUUCACUUUGUAUCAAGUCCCCAUACACACAGAUGAUGAUGAUGAUGAUGAUGAUGAUGAUGCAUCUUCAGAACAAACACAAGUUUGAAAGUCUGGUCAUAAUCACUGAACUAACCUCAAGCUAACAGUCUGCUUUUAACCCAUAAAUGCUCUCUCAAAUAAUGGAGCAUCUUAUUCUAAUGGGGUUGUAAUAACUGCUAACAUGACAUGUCACAGGGCAGUUAUGCAUCGGUUCACUUGGACACCAUGAUAAGUUCUAAAGUUCAAGGGUUAAAAGUAUGAGACAUUUCACCACAAAAAUGGAAGUCUCAAUGUUGUCUUCAUCUAUUUUAGCAAUUAUGAAGUUUAUGCUUCCAUUAAGUCCUCACUUGGAUUAAAAUGAACUUUUAAGUGAUUUAUGAACAGAUUGCAGUUCUUUUGUAGCCUAAAAUGAGCAGUUUUGUAUUUCACACAACUAAUACCAGAAAGAAAGCCGAUAACAUGAUUUUAUGGUUAGUUAUGACAUCUAAGGAGCAUUCACGCAGGUUCCUUUUCAGGGAUCAUCUGCUGGUGGGCUGAUAAAUUGUAGUCAGGAUUGAUAACAGGGUUAGCUGUCAAAGAAGUGUACUGUAUAACCAUAUACUGAACAUAUUGUAUGUUGGCCACACAGACUUUGCCCUCUUGACAGUGGCCUUGCUUUAGGAGGCUGGAUCCAUCUAAUUGACAAAUAAUUGUUACGUAGUGUUGUCAGGCACAGGGUGUGAUUUAUUUCACAGAACUCAUCUUUUCUAUAUGGUCUUGAAAUACUGUAGUUUAACAUUUCAUUUUCUAUGGACCAAAUUCACCCAAAUUGCUGACUCGUAACCUGUAGUUGCAAGGCCUACUUUUAAAGUGAAGUUUAAGAGGGAAUGAUUACUAUUCUUUGUUUUGGAUACAAUUUGACUAUGCUAAACUGCACUACUACUACUAUGGCCUGUGUUUACUGUAAAUCAGUUAUUAAGUCAGCUAGUUAUCUGCCAUAAUAUUUAGUUACAGAAUACCCUUUUUUGUGACUUUCAUCCUAUCUGUUUUCUUUUCUGAAAAUCAUGUAUAGAGCUUUUUCUCUAUAUUUGCAUGUAAAAAGUAUGGGUGUUUUGUACAAAUUGGAAAUUUUGAAUAAAAAAACAGU